CUACAGGCCAGCGCUAUGCUCUCUCUAUUAGCCACUUAGCUCCCGUUUAUCGUUAGCACUACCAGUUUAAUCCGGGUGGGUUUUAACAAACCCAGAGUUUUAAUAAUUACACGUAUUUAGAUCAAAAUCAGGGUGCAUGGUUUAACUGUGUGUUUAGUUGCAGCUCUGUGUAACUUGUAUAACGUUAGCUGAGUGAGUUAGCUUAGCCUCCUAACAUUACCUGGCUUGUACGCAGCUGCUGUGUGAAAGCAAACCUGCCGCCAAUAUUUUGUCAACAUUAUUGGGUGCUUGAGAAGAACCCGGAAUAUUACGGAAUAUUACCAGCAAAAUGGCUAGACCUUCAAGAAAUAAGAGAGUGGUUGACUACGCUCAGUUUCAGGAAUCUGAUGAUGCAGACGAGGAAUUUGAAGGAGAUUCGGACAGUCCCAAGAAGAUGGUGAAACAGAGUGAUGAGUCUCGGAAGGACCGUAAGAAGGACUUAAGUGAUGACGAUAAUGACUAUGGGGAGGAGGAAGAGGAGGACGAUGGCGGUGACAGUGAUUAUGAGGUUGAAAAGCCCAGCAAGGGAAGGCAGGUGACUGCAAAAAGAAAAAGAGCUGCAGAUGACAGCGAUGAUGACAAGGUUGUAAGAAAGAAGGGCCGCCAGGUACGUCAGGCUGCCAGCAAAGCAGCCUCCAAGCAGAGAGAGAUUCUUCUUGGGGAUGGAGGCAGUGAAGAGGAGGAGGGGAAAGAGCGAGGGGAAGAAGACAGCGACGUGUACACAGGAGAGGAUUCAGGCAGCGAUGAAGAUUUCAUGGUGGAGGAUGAUGAUGAUGACAGUGAUUAUGGGAGGCCCAAAAGGAGGAAUUCAAAAGUUAGAAGAAGGAGCAAAGACAAGAAGUCUCCUAAACCCAGGGUUAGAUCAGCGAGCAAGGGGUCAAAAAAGAAGCGAGGAAAGCGUCAGACAAAAACAAGAAGGGUCGUAUCCAAGAAAGUCGUGUCUAAAGACGAGGAGGAAGACAUCGAGAGCGCCAAGGAGGCAGAGGAGGAAGAGGACGUUAAGGACGGAGAGAAAAAGGAAUCAUCUACAGUCGAGAAGGGUGAAGACAGCCCAGCAGAAGGUGAGGACAACAACAACAACAACAACAAUGGUGAGGAGAAGGAGGAGAAAGAGCCAGGGAAAGAGAAAGAAGAAAAGGACGAUGCAUCCGAGGAGGAUGCCGCAUCAGGCGAGGACUAACGUCUUCUACCUGAUUGCGGAAAGAUGCUUUAAUUGUUUGUCGUCCUUUCUUAAUGUGGAACAGUGGAGUGUACUUCCACAAUGCUCCAGGUGUUUUGGAUGUUUGUUCAUUUCUUUCAUCUUGUAAAUAGGUUUUUUCAGAGGAACUCUCUGUGAAGUAUCAUCCACACUAUUCAAAACCAGUAUCGUUGAAGUACCCACACCUAUUUCUCUUCGUCCAGCACAUGAGUACCUAUAUUAAUGUUUAGCGUUGCCUGAACUCUAGCAUUGUUACUUUUUUCGCAUCUUAAUCCCUGUUUAGAUUUUGCUAAACUGCAAAAGGAGUGAAAAUGAUUGUGCUACGGAUUUUAGUGUACAGAUUACUGUACUUUUACGGCAGAUGUUUCAGCAUUUAUGUUUUAACAUUUGGUAGGUGCUUUAAUCCAAAGCGAGUACAAUUGCUUAAAGCCAAGUGUCAGUUCAAGUCAUAACAAUUUUUUUUUAAAACACAAAAUGUUUAAUUACAAAUACGAAUGCUCGAUCAGUCAUUUGCAUUUCUUUUGGAAAUACAGCUGUAUAAAAUACAGCUUCAUUCCAAGUUAAUGAAUUCUGAAUGGAAGCAAUAUGGUUUCAGUUACAAAUUUUUAAUUAUUAACAGGAUUCGAUUGCACUAAACAUUUUAAAAAUCCUAGAGUAUUAUUAAGCAAGUGAUGUAUUUGUACUUUUUUAUACAUCUUUAUUUGUCUAAAAUGAAAAUGAAUCCAACCACAUCCAGGCUUUUUUUUUUAUAACAAUUGAAUUCUAACUAAUGACAAACUCUCCUACAAAUAAUCGUGAUUUGUAAUUUAGGAGUUGUCUAGUCCAUUAAACACUGCUUAAGCCUGGUUACUUUUGAAAUGAGUUGCAAUGUGGAUUCAAUGGUGGAUCCGUGAAUGUUUUAUAUCGGUGGCAUUUCCACUUUUGACACUUUAUGGCAAGAAAUGUGCUCUUUAUUGUUUGAUUCUAAACCAAAAUGGCCAUGUUGCGUAGAUUGACCUGAAACAGACAGUGUCCCAAACUUCAUGCUCCCAAAAAUGUCCUGUCAGAGUAGUAGUGCACCUAUUUUAUCAUGCAAUAUGCAUUUUGGAACAGUCCUACUAAUGUUGUUGUUUUUUUUAUAAUGAGCAAAUCUGCCAGAACUUUGUAAGAUCAGCUUUAUGGUCUGGGUGUGUGCACUAAUCACACCUAAUGAUUGCAGUAAUUCUAUUGCAUACACAAGACCCACCUAGACUUAAGUACAUCUCAAUAAGCAGCAAACUACCCCACAGAACUAGUUUAAUUUAAUACGAUUUCUGAAGUUCAGUUUUACCAAAAUACAAGAUUUUUGAGGUUAAAAAUGAUUCUGCUGUUUCACUCCUGCAUAAUCAGAUUUCUGUUAAAUGCUUUGCAUAAUUGUGCUGUAAUUAUAGGGUCUGUUUUGUUUCCGUCAACGCGUGCUUUUUAAGAUUUAUUGUCAUUGAGCUGCUCUGUGGAUUUUGUGGCUCAAAUUCAAGACACGAUUUUAAAAUCAGUGCAGUUUCAAGCACAGUGCUAAACGAGUAUGUGAAGUUACAUAAUCUUUAGCCAUAGCUACUUUACCUGCCAUUGAUUCUUUUAAUCCAUGGUUUAGUCUACAUAGUACAUCUCUAACCAGCUGUACAUCGUUUUAAAUCCUAUAUUAAAAUGUGAACAUGUUAAAUCAGACGUGGUUCUUUGCUGAGCUGUGUACUCCCAGCAUUCGAUUACAAGAGUUGUGUAAUCAUUCAAAAUAGUUCAGGACACAAGUAGAUUUUAUGUCUGCUUAUUAGUAUUAGAUAUUAUGUUUCAUGUAACAUUUUUUAAUAGAUAAAACUUUCACACGAUUCUUUAAUAAAGUGGUUUUGUUUUGAACAUUUCUGCCGCUCAAACGUAGCAUGUAAUUGCAUUGAUUUCCAGCAGUUCAUUACACGUGUCAUGAGUUCUGUUCGGUGUUCUGAUGGUGGAAUGAAAAGGUUGAGUGUAGGAUGAAUGUAUGAUAAAGGAAAACUCUACUCAGAUUUUCAGAAGUGAGCUCGUAACAACUAUGUUAUUGACUUACGUGACACUUCAUGUGUAUUUUCAAGUAUUUUAAAGCUUAUAGAUGCCUUCGCGAUAUACUUUAUCCGCUUCUGUUCUCUAUUUUCAUGCCUCUUAUUUUUGUCUAAUUAUGUAGUCUUGAAAUAUAUAUCAUAAUUUAUCUAAGCUUUGUUUUAAUUAAGCUGUUCUGAUUUUGGAAUAUGUUUUACAAAGAAAAAUAAAAUAUAUCUUGCUUUUAAA